AAUCGUGAUCGAAGAGGAAGUAGAGCAACGUCCGUAGAGCGAUUCAGUGAUUCACGAAUCGCGGCUUGGCUCGACGCUCGUCAUGAUCUCAUCGCUGGCGUUAUAGAGUCCUGAUCUGCCCCGUGCCUUGCUCCGGGAAGAAUAAGAUGCGGUCCCGGACACGGCUUGGCUACUGUAAGUCAUCGAAUGGCUGCUCGAAGCUGUACCUUGCUUUCCGUUGUGAUGGCUGCGGCUCGCGACGAUCGUGGUGCCUAGCCGGCGACGCGGUCCACCACCUGCAGCGACCCGAGCUUGGGCCUCCUCAGCAUACAACAAGCACAAACAGGCUUUUAGGGGGUGAUCCACCUCAUCUACCUUUCCUCGCUCCCUUCUUCGCAAUAGGGUCCGGAUCAGAGGGCCAAGAAAAGUUCGUAAGCCCUCACCCACGACCCUCACCUUCACAAUUGAAGAAAGACAGGGACUCCUUCGGUAUUCCUUCCACCGUCCCUGCCAUUGCCCUUACCACUGUUCCUCGCGUUCACGAUUGUCCCUCUCCCUCACGUAGCCCUUAUUGCCAAGUCAGGCACCUUGAACGCCCGUCACCGGCCCUUAAGCUUAGGUCAGAGGUACAAAAUACGCCAGCCAGCCCGAGCCUGACCACGCUCCCAAACAUAUUUCCGCCCCUGAUCAAGCCCACAUUGACGAUACGCAACACCCCUGCCUCGUCCGCCGGUGCUCAGCCAAAGCUUCGCCGAAACAUCUUGGCUUCACUCCAUUAGCCAGCGUGCAUCGUCCAUCGCGUCAGACUCUUUACUGGCUCCAGGCUCAAACUCUAACUCAUCCACACGAUAUCGACGCUCGACGGUCUCCUCUACCUCCUCAUCCCGGCAGCCUCGAGCGAAGGCGGAACCUUCUCUUGUACCGACGUGCGAUCUCCAAAUCCCUUCAACGCUCCAACAUCAGUGCCGACUUCCCGAUCUACAUUCUCGAGAACGUUCACUUCAGCAAUCUGCUUCUCCCAAAAACUGCGAGUUCAAGGGCAGCGAGCCAAGACUCUCUACCACUCUUCACAAAAUCUCGCAGUCCAGUCCAUCCGCUUCAGCAGAGCUUGCUCCCAUUCGUGGUCUCGCAAAA